AGAGGGGAAAGCUAAAAUUAAAGCUUGUUUCACACUUUUAAUUGUUUAUUACAUGUUUGUCUGACGUCCCACUGCUCCUGAAGGCACCAUUGUUGCUAUGGUAACUGCCGCGGCGGUAAAGCUAACAGCAGCUUUUAACCAACAGUUUCUAAGAUGGCGUCUAAAACCCUCGACCCUUUAUCGGUUGAGGAACCUCCGAGAGGAGGAGGAGAGGAGGAGAGGAGAGGAGGAGGAGAGGAGGAGAGGAGAGGAGGAGGAGAGGAGGAGAGGACGGAGGAAGAGGAGAGAGGAACCGGAGCAGAGUGGAACCGGCUGACGAAGGUUCCAGUGAAAGUGUUACGAGGUCACAGUGAGGCUGUUACCACCGCUCAGCUCUGCUUCAAUGACCGCCUCCUCCUCAGCUGCUCCUCAGAUCACUCCGCCAUCCUCUGGGAUGUGGACAGCUGCAGUCCUCUGAGGGUGUUUGAUGGCGUUCACAGUGAAACCGUCACAGAGUGCGCCGUGAUCCCCAACAGCAACAGGAUGGUGACGGUCUCCUGGGAUAAGACGAUGGCGUCCUCCGACCUGGAGACGGGACAGACUCUGUGGCGGUGGAGGCGUGCCGGGUUGCUGACCUCCUGCAGCUGCUCUGGUGACGGUCGGCUGCUCGUCUGCGCCGCCGAUCCACAGAACGCCGUUUACAUCAUCGAGGCGUCCAGCGGGCAGACGCUGCACGCCGUCUGCGAUCACCACCGCUCCACCAUCACGCGGUGCCGCUUCCACCCCCAGAGUCAGAGCGUUGCCACGGUGUCGGCGGACCGCAGCAUCAAACUGUGGGACCUGCUGAGUCAGAGGACGGCGGCGUCCGUCGACAGUAACCACGGCAACGUCGUCUCCGACUGCUGCUUCAGCGACAGCGGUCACUUCCUGUGCAGUGCAUCGUGGGAUAAGAGCCUGAAGCUGUGGGACCUGCAGGCGGGGGGGCUCCGCCCUCACGGCGGGACGGCGCUGCAGAGCGGCCACGAAGGCAGCGUGAGCUCCUGCUGCUUCUCCACCGACGCGAACCUGCUGGCGUCCGCCUCCUACGACAGGACUGUUGCACUCUGGGAUACGUCCUCGCUCUGCCAGACUCUCGUCCUGAAGGGUCACAGCGACUGGGUCACUGACGUCUCAGUCAGCGCCGACAGGAAGUUGGUGGCCUCGGCCUCCAAGGACGCCACCGUCAGGUUGUGGAACGUAGACGACAUGGAGGACAGACAGGAAGUCACGAAGAAGAAGAGGACUGAAGGAACGGGGACGCACAUCCUCGAGGUUUUCAGUUGGAUUAAGAUCUGGUGAUUGAGCAGGCCAAGGCAUGGUUUGAAUGUUCUGGUUCUCCAUCCAGGCUUUAACUGACCUUGCCAUGUGGCAAGGGGCAUUGUCUUGUUGGAAAAUCCAGUCAUUCGAUGCAGGAAAGAGUUUAUCAGCUGAUGGAAGAAGACUGUUUUCAAGAGUAGCCCUGUACGUGACCUGGUUCAUUCGCCCUUCACACAAUUGCAUUUGCCCUGUUCCACCCAUACUGAAACAACCCCAGAUCAUCACCGAUCCACCCCCAUGUUUUACUGUAGGGGCAAGACAGUCUGGUUUGUAGACUUCUCCAGGCUUCCUCCUAACCAGUAAGUUGACUGGAGUGGGCAUCAACUCAGAAUUGGAUUCAUGACUGAAGAGAACCUCAGCCCGAUCAUCAACAGUCCAAUCCUUGUGGUCCCUAGCAAAGAGUAACCGGGCGUUCCUCUGCCUUUCGUUGAUGAAGGGCUUCUUCCGUGCCCUGUGUGACUUCAGACCAGCUUCAAGAAGUCGGUUUCGAACUGUCCUUGCUGUCACAUUUCUCCACAGUGCCCACUCAUUUUUAAGGUCCCUGGAGGUCUGACGACGAUUCCUGACACAGGAACGGAUGAGUGCGCGGUCAUCUCGUGGGGUAGAAAGACGUUUCCUGCCUCGACACGCUACCAUGUUCGGUUUGCUUUUCCUUUGUGUAGUGAACGGCUGUCUUGGAGAUCUUCAGUUUUUUUUGCUACCUGUCUCUCACUCAUGCCAAUUUCCAGCAGUGCC